AGAAAGACUUCUUGUCUCUGACGGUUUGUUUACACCAGAGCAGUAAAAUCGCACAGUUAACCUCCGGUGACAACGUGGCACAAGUUGAAGCCAGGCUUUUGAUGGCCGAAAAGUGUGAAAUACCAUGUAAACAAAUCGUUAGGUUGAAUGCGACACACAGCUGUCUUAUUACUCCAAGUUGUUCACAAAGAACUCUUCAAGAAUCAUUACUCAAUUGCCCAGGAUCUUAAUUAGUAGAAUCGCAGAACGUCCCGAAAACUCGAGAGUGAAAAGUAAACUUCACUUCCGUUGUAAACAAGGCGAAGCUAAAGCAAAGAUUGGAAGGACUGGGAAUGGUCCUGGGAAUGUAUUUGAGAUCACAGUCUUCGGUACAGCGGAUUCCCACACGAGGAUAAAAAAAUGGCGGACGGUCAGGUCUUCGUGGAUAACUCAAUAAAAGAGGUUGAAAUAACUUAAUUUCUUGUCUUUUGAACGUUUUAAAUUUAAAAAUUCGUGAAUUAAUUAGUUUUUUUCUACCUUUUUUUUUUUACAGCGAUUGUAUCUUCGCAGGAAAAACCCAGAAGAUUCAGAGGCCUGCUGUCUCGCCUAUCUUUAUGGUGAAAUAAAACGGGAUAAAAUUCAUGUUAUUGGAUGUGCCGCUUGUGUAAACUCACAAAGCCCACCAAUAAAUGGAUAUCCAGGAAUUCCAGACUGGACAAAUGAGCAAGAUGAAUUGUCAAGUGUUAUUCCUCAAGGUACUGAACAAAAAUGCAGAGAUCCCAACCUCUGGAGAUCUAUUAAGAAUGGGGAGACUCUCCCUUUUGUACAACCCCCCGGAAUGUCAGGGGACCCCCCCCCCCCAUAAAUCGAUCCAGUCCGUCUUAGCACCCAUAUUAUGACAUGGGAAUGGCUUAGGAAGUUAUGUGAAGUCUGACAUGAAUUGCAUACCAUCAAAAUUUGCUUUCAAUAUUGUAAAUGACAAAAUAAUCUUUGUCAGUCAAAUACGUGCAAAAAUGCCCCAGAAGCUGUCCUGUGGAUUAAAAGAAUUCUGAGAAAAAAUGAGAUAAACUUCAGACUAAACACAGAAUAGCACAUGAUUUUAUCCGUGAGAUUUGGGGAUCCGUACGCGAGAGCAGGGCAUCGAUGUCUUAUCUGGGAGACCCCCGGAUAAUCCAGGAGAGUUGGUAUAUAUGAAAGUGUUUUUUCCUUGCAGUUGGCAUAGGGAAGUACCUUGGGACGGAGGGCAGACAAUUUUUAGAAGUGUCUUUUAGAAUUACAUAUUUAUUUUAUAUGGGGGUCUCUUAAAUGAGUGUGACAGAAUCUGAAAAUGGGGCAUAAAUAUCCUGUUGGAUCGAACCCUGCCAUCCAUUGAUUGAGACACAGAAGGGGUCCGUGGCAAUCAUGCCAUCCAUAGGGGAAGGAGGGAGUGAUACUCCCCCUCACCUCUCCUCCCCAGCAACCUGUGGAUAAGAUUUUCAGAAACAAGCUUCAAAAAUUCUAUCUGGAGGAGUAAUUUUGUUGGAAUCUUUUGAUCUUUUCAAUAUUUAAGUAUGCGUAGAAGAUAUAUAUACUAGCUCAGUGAUUUAGUUACCUCUGCGUCCUACGUCCCUGACAAAUAAGAAUCCCCAAAGACACAAAAUAAUUCAUGGCAUGCAUCCCGUAGAAUACAAAGAAUGAUAAAUCGAUUUGAAGAUUUGAUGGUAGAAUUUCCUGUUCGUGUGAUUCUGUGGCUGUUGUUUGAAGAUUCAUAUCUAUUUUAGUCUUUUUUGUGCUUUAAAAAAUUAUAUAGAAGGACUAUUUUUUAAUUUCAGUAAAGUGUAGUAAAGAGUUUUUGUAUCUGUCUCCAGAUUAACUGUCUGGCUACAUAAGGCCCAAGCAUUUUCAAUUUAGGAGUCCUUGUGUUUUUAAACUGGGACUCAUUGAUUCUGGACUGGGCUGGACUCACGAUUUUUCACAAGAUGAGUCCCAGGACUCACCAUAACUAUUUGUAUCCAAAUCACUGCUACCGUAUUUCACAUAAGAGGAGUGGGAUAAAAAUGUGUUGGCAUUAAAGGUCAUUUUAUUCAUAGGGAAGUGAAGUCAAAAAAGAGAGGGUGUAUGAAGUACAUUGUAACUUGAAGUAUUAAGGUCAGGGAAUUGCCAGAUAACUGCUUUUACAGGUUAAUUGUUUGAUACAAGUUUGACAAACCUAAGAGUUAGUCAACAGUGAAAUAAAGUCGGUGACAAAUUGACUUCACAGAAUCUCUACCACUUCUUGUGCCAAACAAAAGGAAGUAAAAGACAUCUAAUGCUAUGCACAGUGUAUCUUUUUAUUUUUAUUUUAUUUUUAAAAUAAAAUGUGAUCAUGACGGAUUAAUAGAGGGACUGAGCGCUUAUUACAGGUUUGACCUUAACAAUAUGUUUCUUCUUCCUUUUAGGAAUACAAAUUUGUGGUAUUUUUUAUUCCUGUGUAAAGUCUAUAAAUAUUGAAGCUGAAGAAUUAAAAAAGAUAUUUGAAGGAUUGUUAAAAAGGGUGAGUGUGAUUAAUAAUCAGUUAUGUUAACAUUAUAAUUUAUCCUGUACAUCUUAUACAUUUUUCUUGUCACUGAAAUCAUGUAAAUUAUCAGUUUUGGUUUUUUAGUUUUUUGUUUACAAGUCUCACACACAAUUGUUUCUCCAAAGGGUGCUUCUAAUCAAACAAAUAGGAAGUUUGUGGUAUUGCAACACUGCAGAUCAAAUGACAACAAAAGAUGUUUUAUUUAUGACCAAGAGCUUGGAUCAGUAUCAGAGUGUGGAAUUCAGGAAGCUGAUAUUAUUGAAGAAUUCCUAGAAAAUAGGAUUUCUUUUAGGCUUCAAGCUAACAUUCCUCUAUUCAUAGGUAAGGACUAUAAAGUUUGUUUUCUUCAGCUUUUUUUUUCAUACUUUCUUGAGUGGGAAAUCUUCUGAGUUUCAUGAUCGAGGAUCAAAAAUAAUCUGGUUGAGUCAACUCAACUGAUGAAGAAACUCUCUAAAAAAGGGGUAAUUGUGGUCAUUGGUGUGCUACAUACAUGCAGGUGAAGUGUGACUUGUUGUAUCAGAAAAAUAAGUGUGACCAGUUGCGUUGAAAAAAUUAUUUUGCUUGAUGCACAAAGUCACACUUCAUUCAAAGCUAGUCAUGCUAUAUAACAUGAAGUUGAAGUGAAACAACAACACAACAGACAUAACAAAAACUGUAAACAUGUGCUCUCUCUCUCUCUCCAGGGAGCUUUUUUUUACUUUGAAUCACUAUUUUUAAUGACAGGCAUUUUUACUGGAUGUUUGGAACACAACAAGAAAAUACAAAGUGAGCCAGAAAAGAGUCAUUAAUGGCUCCAAAUGUAAGAAAUUGGUUGUAAAGUGCAAGCUUGGGAGGGCACUUUCCUUAUACCCCCAAAAUUCCGAAAAUUUUGGUUAGAAAUCAAAAUGAAACAGACCGUUUUGGUUUGGUCCAACCAGAAUAUUUGAGACCACCUGUGAAGGUGGUCCACUUUGACUGGUCCAGUCAUUUUGGUCAUUCAGACCGGAAUGUCCCUUUUCAUUGGACAAAAAUCAAUUGUUGUCCCCAGCACUGCUCAUCUGUAUUGUGCAAGCCUGACUAUUACACACACAAAAUUCAAAUGUGUGGUGGCUUGGAUCGGGACUGCGCAACUGGAAUAUACCCUUCCACUGGACAUAUGGAAUUUCCAAAAUUUCAAACUGGAUUAUUUUUGGAAUGGAAAGUGCCCAGAAUUUCUGCCAGUGAGGUUAUCUGAUAUGCUUGUAAAACAUUUGUCCCCUUAUCAAAGAUACAUCAUCAGACCUGUCAUUUAAAAUUGAGAAAUCAUGCAAGGCAUUCCAGUCUGGAUCAACAGUCUUUCAUCUCAAAGCCUGCAACAAGCUGAUCAAAUAUCAAAGUGAUGAAUUGGAACUAACUUGUGAAGAACUUUUGUUGGGCAAGAUUGGAUCCGGUCAAGAUAAGACUCCAAACCCUCAUGGAAAUAACAAAAGCAAAAGCAGACAGAAGAGUGCAAAAACAACGUCAACUUCUAACGUGGUGAAAGUGAAGGUACUGUAAGGUUCAAAUCUUUAAAUAAGAAAGUUUGCCAUUGAUAGCUUCAUCAGGUUAUAUACCGAAGCCAUGUACCAUACUAUGCCAUCAUGGCACAUUAUACAUGUCACCUCACAGAAUUACCUUUUCUGUCUAGACUGCACUCUGCCUGACUCAAAAAAUGACCUUAUUCAGGGCUCGAGAAAAACUGGAAUUCCACCUUGUCCUUUAGGCAAGCUGCUCACACAUUUUGCUCACCGAGGGCCGCUUCUUGCUUGUCUUAGGAUCAGUUGACUGAACCCUAACCCAUUGGGCAAGUAAGGUUUUAAAGUUACCUGCCCGGCAAGAUGAUCUGUUUGUCCAGGACUGUCGGACAGAAAUUUUUCCGGGCCUUGUCUUUUGGGGUAUUACUCUUACUGGUAACCCAGUAGCUGUUUACAUUGUGCUCACAGGUAUAGAUAGGAUACUGUAAAAUUCCAAAAAUAAGCUCAGGGCUUAUAUUUUUCAAGGCCCUUUUUGAGGGGCUUACUUUUGGAGGGGCUUAUAUUCGGAGGGGCUUAUCUACAGAGGGAAAUUUGCGUUUCAGAAUCGAAUGGGCUAUCCUUAUAGUUGGAAGUAUAUUUACCGUUUUUGCUUUGUUUUACUUUGUAUUUGAGGGCAAUUUUCCAACUACAAGGCCCCGGGGGCUUAUAUUUGGAGGGGCGGUUUAACGGAGGGUUUUUUAAGUUACCGGUUUGGGGGGCUUAUACAUGGAGGGGCUUAUUUUCAGAAUUUUAUGGUAGCUUUCUGGAAUAUAAAUCAUAAGUGAGAAUCCCAACUACCUGAUAGCAAACCAUUUGACAGCGUGCAAAGCAAGUCGUCUCCUAUAACCCAGGGUAGUGGAUUUUGCUAUCUACAGGCUAGUGAAGUUUUUUGGGGAAGUAAAUUUACAGAUUGAAGAACAGCUGUAAUCAAUCCUGCUCAGCAAGCUAGUGGAAAUGAUCUUUUUGCCUAGUACAUGCUAGCUACAACUUGCCUGAAUGGGAAGCUGUAAAACUGGCUUUGUUUGCACCCUGGUUGACCAGUUACAAGCAUGGUCAGAGAUAUUAGUUUGGGACUACCAUGUACAAAUCCAGUUAGCGGUUAGGGAGGAGCUUGAACUUGGGGCUUUCGGAUUGCAAGUCCAAUGCUCAAACCACUUGGCCACACUGCCUCUCUUUCACUGACAGUGUACAUAAUUGCAAGUUUACGCUUUCUGAGUCUACAGGAAUUUACUAAAAGGGAGCCACUGAUGCCAGAGAAUUUCACCACCUCAAAAAGAAAACUUUUAUUGAUGAAAACCUCAGCUAUCAAACAAUCAAUCAUGUUAUGAUUCAUUUUAACUUGAAAAACUACAAGCUAAGUAUACAAAUGUAGGUUGAGUAAAUCACUGCACACAUUAUAAUUGUAAAACCAAGUUAUUGAAAACAUUGAAAACAUUGCUUUAAUAAUAUGCAAAAUUUUAGGGGAACAACAAAGCGUAUUAUCGUAUUUUUGGAAAAGGCCUAUGUCCACUGUGAGGUUGCCAAUCACAGCCAUUUCCCAAGAUUUCAGGAGCUUAGUGGGAAACUUGAACAUGAUUAGUGACAGAGUUAUGCAGGUGUCCCUUUUCUGUAUGCAACAAAGGAAAUACAGUCAAACCCUGUUAAUAUGGAUACUGGGGGCGAUAUAAAGUGUCCUUAUCAUGGGGGUGUCCGUAGUUGUAUUAAGUGGGUCAUGUUAUUAAAGUCAAAAAUACAAGUUUUAUUUGAAGAAAACUGAAGAAAUAAACCUCACAAAGCCGUCAUUACGUGGAAUAAAUCCACGGACACUCAAAAAUCUCUCGUCUAUAUAUUACUUUUUCGAUACUGUUCUCUGCGUUUUAACUCGUAUGUUGCCAGAAUAGUCUGAAGUUGACAUUUUACAAAUCAUCCUAUCAGGUGUACUGUAGCUCUGGGAACAUCGACAUGCUGUCAAAUGAGGUUAUUUACCAUCAUAAGGAAAAGGCUUAUUAUAGCACACAGUUGAUAAUGAAGUUUCAGCAUUAGAGAGGUUGACGUUGUUUAAGAAUUUGUUUGUUGGGCAAAAAGCAGGUCCAUGGUAAUUGGUGUCCUUGCAUGGAGUUCAACUACAGUGAAACCUAUAUUAAGUGGACACCCUCAAUUAAGACACUAAGCCGGAUCCCGAAACGAAAGUCUGAUAUUUCCCUUUAUAAUGACACCCUAUUCAAGGGACACCUCUAUUAAGCAGAUGUGGACACUAAAAUAAGUUGUAUUUGGCUAAUUUCUAUUGUUAAAAACCUCUAUUAAGGGGACACUACUGGACUGAAUUGACAAUAGUAGUAUUGGAUUACGUCCUUGAAAUAUGGAUUGAAGUCAGAUAGUGUUUUUGCCUUUACAAACAAAUUAAAGUUGGUAAUGAAAGGUAAUGAGCUUGAACUCUGGAUACCUUCUUUAAGAACAUGCAACUUUAUCACAGUACAGAGUAACCGUUGAAUGUCGAUCAUUAACAAACAUUGCGCAAUUUUUACAACCUUUAUUAAGCGGACGCCCUCUGUUAAGCAGACACUUGGGAAGGUCCUGAACGUGUCCGCUUAACAGAGGUUUCACUGUAUAGUGGAUGUCUGCAUGUAGGCUCCAAGAAUACAGAUUUGAAUUUCAUAGUUGUAGCUGUAACAAAUCAAGAGAUUCAAUGAUCACAGAAUCAAGUCAUAAUAGUGAGGUGUGGUGAGAUUGUAAUAAAUAUUAUUCUUGACAUCUGGCUGGACGUUACAGAAGACAAUAGUUAUGUAUCUGUCUUUUAUAUUCUGCAGGAUGUGUUAGAUGUGAGAUUACUGAACCAGCUAACGGAAACUGAGAGUGAUCAUGGAGCAUUUGUUCCAAUCAUUCAGUGUAAAAAAGGUGCCAUAUAAUAACAACUUUAUUUAGUACAUAAUUUAUACUUAUUAUAACUUGUCACUGAUCUGAUUUCUAUUACAUUGUAUAUCUGGAUAAAGUUAACUGGUGUUAUAUGGUGCAUCACUCCCUGCUGUUAAGGAAGAAGUGACACAGUCAACAAACUUUUGUUGGAUCUCCACAGCUGAUUUCUAUUUAUUUCAUUUUUACCUCUUUCAUGUAGUUUUGUAGUUUUUACUUAACAGUAGAUUAGUUAGUAAUAAGUAUAAGCAAUACAAAUUAAUAGAGAAUUGAGGAAAGAAAAAAGAAUUUUGCACAUCCCACUGUUAGCAUCAGCUACUUGAGUCCAUGCUGGAGGCUGAAGGAAGUGGAAAAUAUUUUAAUAUUAAUAUACUUUUUUGUACAGAAUGUACAUGUACAGCCUUUGUCUUCUACUUGUUAUGUGACUCUUUUUCCCGAGAAGUAGGUUGCUCAAAAUUUAACGCGGCCAGUAUGUUUUCAGCCAGUUGUUGGCACUUAAUGAGGAAUCCCUUACUGAUGCCAUAAGUUUUAAUAGAAUUUGCUAUACUUUUGACAAUAUAGAGCUUUUCUAGACUGUUACUUACCAAUUUAGUCUCAAUGUUCAACAACUAUUGUUAUUUUUAUUUGAUUUUGACUUCCUUUUGUCAGGAAAAUAAAAGAGUGAAUACUGACAUUUCUGCUGUUUGCUGAUCUGCAGGUGCUUUUUCUCAAAUCAAGUUCAACCUCUCUCUUGAUGUGGUGUUGAGCCUUUCAAAGGACACUUUGGUAAAACACUUACCACAGUUAUUUAUAUCCUCUAUGUGCAGUCAGCUAAGAAAGAUGGGCUCAGUUAUGGAGCAGUUCUCAAAGGUAAACUUUUUUUGAUUAAUCACUGAUGUUGUUCAGUGGAACCACAAUAUAACGAAGGGCCAAGGCCAAGGAACUGGCAAAAUUUGUUUGCCAUACAAUGUUGCAUUAUAAUUUAUUGAGGUUCUUUUUCAUAUAUUUUACUGUUACUGGUGUACUGAAAAUCAUUCGUUAUACCGAGGACUUCAUUAUUUAGAGGUUUGUUUUAUUGAGGUUCAUUAUAUUGAGGUUUUACUGUUGCAAGUCUUUUAAUGCUCUGGUUAUCUAAUUCUGUUUCAAAGGAGCAUGUAUUUGGUAUUUUCCUUCAGAUGUGAAGCUACCGUGAGUUUUUUCAUUUUGUGAUGCAGAACGUCAGAUUUUCAAAAUAAUUGAAGACACAGAUUGCAAAAGGAAAUGAGGAAAAAGGAACGUGAAAGAAAUUAAGACCAAAAUUUGGACAGUAGGGAAAAAGGCAGUUCAUGCGUUGCCUUGGAAUAAGUGUUGUUGCAAUGCAUUUAGGAGUGAAAACUUUACGACUUUUAUAAAUUUCACUAGGCUUCAGUUUGGUGGAAAAAGAUUUUGGGAAAACUUUUAGGAUUGUAGGAUAUUAGAUGGAACAUAAUUUUCAUUGGAUUUUUCAGGUCAACUUUAGAGUUUUUUAUAGUCUAUAAUACAUAGUUGUUGUUUUUUUCAUUUUUCUUCCGCUUGCUUGAGUGAAUCAUGCUUACUCAGGUAUGGUUUGAAAGAUCUCUUCCCCCAGCAACAGUUACAUAGAUUUCAAAAUCAUCUAUGAAGUCCUAUUAAAACUGAUGAUGUCACAAGCAUCGCAAGGGGUGGGGAUGUGCAUAGGCAGUCACAGGCAGUUCAGGGGGGUUAAUUAAGUGAAAUUUAAUUUUUCAAUCACAUUAUAGGAUUGUUCAUUCCCAACUUUGGAAGUGCAUCACUUUAAACCUCCAGGGUUUUGUCAUUUAGUCACUGCUGUUUAUCCCUCUAUCAUGAGCGAUGAUACCAGGAUGGAUGAGAAUGAUCCUCUUGGUAAGUACUAAGUAGAAAACAGGUGGAAACCAAUAAGAUUAGGAUAACUUGAUCAGAGCAUGGGGAGCUAUUGGGUGCUUGUCAGCUGGUGGUUUUAACCAAUUCAAAGGUGCUUUAAUCAUAUUAUGAACUUGAAUGAUCAAACCAUCAUAGGAUCUGGUUAAUCAACAAACCUUGUUACUGAAAUAUUAUUCAAUGGCAGUGGAAACAAAUGUCGCCGGAAGGGCGAUGCAUUCAGGAAGAGAAGCUUUCUGACCAAGGUACAAAGUGCUCGGAAGAAAAAGAGACUUUUAAAAAUUGUAUCCAGGUCACUGUUAUUCAUCUACAUUCAUUACCUUCAGCAAUUUUCUAGAGCACUGGGUAACAUUUUACCAAGUCUGUAACACAAUCACUUGAUGGUUUGAUCGGUCAAGUUCAUUUGCAAUGCUACAGUAAACAAAGGUGAUUUGUGCUAUCAACUGUUAACUUUGACUUUAACCUCAAAUUUCUCAGUUCUUUUGAGAAUUUUCAAGUUUAAAAUACAGUAGUUUUUUUUUUAUUUUCUGACAGUGUCUUACAGGAUGGAGCUGCAUAAAUGUCUUCUUCUGCCACAAAACAGGCCUCUUUUAAGACCAUCUAACAGAUAUGUCUUUGACAUUGAACAGCAACAAGGUAUUAACAACUUACUAUUAGAAUAAUAUUACCGCUAAUAGUUUUCAAAUAUUAGUCGUUAACUAUCAUGAUCGAAAUCACAUAUUUUAGUUUCAGUGUCACGCACUCCUGAUCAUUCCUCUUGCUGGCUCCAGGGACCCUUCUCUUAAAAAAUAUCAGUGGGAUGAAACCAACUGCCAUCCAUGGUUGUCAUGCAGGCUUUCUGCUCAGUUUUCAUGUGAGAUUUACUGAAAAAAGAACCUUUUGCACCCCGAGAUUCUAACCACUUAUCUGUGGUUUGAAAAAGCAUUCAUUGAAUGCAACAUAAAAAUUUAUGUUGUUUGUGUGAAAAUUAUCUUGUCUUUUAUGGUGCAGGUAUUUAUUUAACAAACCCUCAUGUUGGAUUAACUGGAGGUGAAUAAAAAUCUUUUGUCUUUAUUUACCAAAAUAGAAAUUAUAUAAGUUAGGAAACCACCCCUGAAUAUGAGUCUUACCUUUCUAUUGGGCUACUGAAGUAUCUGUUACAGGUCAAGUUUAUUUUCAGCUUACAUUAAUUUUUAUAAUCAACCUGGGCUAUUUUUUAACCUUCAGGUUAAAAUUUCAAAUAUGAGGGUUAAUUUUGCUCAUUACAAAUGAAUUGCAUUGAUAAGAGUUAGUUUUAGAAAAAAAUCACUGAUUUGGGUUAAUAAGCACUCAUUUCACUGACUAGGGUUAAGGGUUGAUACAGCCAUAGAUGCGUGUCUUAUCCUACCUCCAGAAGGACUGGAAGCUGUGUUUGCUUUGGUCUUGAUCAUGACUUAAGACAAUUCUCUAAGAUGGAACAGCCUAAGCUUUCAGGAAAAUGUAACCCUCAUCUGAGAAUUUUUUUUUCUGUUGUUAGCAAAAUUUGACAAUAUAAACUGAUCUUGUGUACUUUUUCAGGUACUUGUGGUACAGUGGCAGUUGUUGAGGGGACAUAUACCUACCAUCAUUACAUGCAGGAUAACUUCAAUGAUGAUGUACUGUAUGCUUUAUAGAUGUGUGAUAUUUAUCGUUAUCUUUAACAUGUUACCUUUACCUUCACACCUCACCCCUUUGCACUCAGAUAUGUAAGGCCUCAUUAGCUACCUAAAUAAAGGCUGUUACACACAUAAUAAUUAGCCGAUUUCUCUGUUCAAAGGGAUGACAGAGAUGAAAAAUUGUCUUAAAAUUGGGGCAAUUUUAGUAUCAGGUCUACAAAAGUUUGCAGGGGUAAACCAGCCUUAAUGUACAGUACAGUCAAACUGUCUAGUAUAUAGACUUCAUUAUAUGUACUUCAUCAAGCACUCUGAUCAAUUGACCAAAACUAUAUUUUUUCAAUGAAGCGACCUGGACCUUGAGAGUGGGUGCUUAUUUACUUCACACCAUUUUCAGCGACUAGUAAUAAUUUUGUUUUACAUCAAAACAGGAAAUAAUAACAAAAUGUGAGGAUUAGAGAAGAAUUUUAGCUGUUGCUAAAAAAAUUCAGUCUUUGGGGAAGUCUCUUAGUAGUACUUAGUCAAUUUCAUUUUCAUUGACAGUCAGGUAAAUUAGUGAAAUCUCCUGUGCUGCCUCUUCAAUGUCCGACAAAAAAAUUGUUUUUAGAGAUUGUGGGUCAGUGAAAAAAUGAUACUCCUUUUGGGGUUCGAGGUUGGGUGCUCAUUGAAGAAAUAUUAUGAUAGUACAAUGCAGAUUCGUAGUUUUUAUUUAAUCAUCUACUUUACUGUCUCGUAUAAUGCAAAUUUUUAGGUUUUUUGUAGCACCUCACAAGAUUUUACUCAUUGUUCAUCUCAGGGGUGGGGUUGUGCCUAUCGUUCACUUCAAACCAUAGCUUCCUGGUUUCGUCACCAAGGUUACACAUCCAAACCUGUUCCAAGUCAUAAAGAAAUCCAACAAGCUCUUGUCGAUCUCCAAGAUAAAAGUGAAGAGUUUGUUGGAUCACGCCAAUGGAUUGGCUCUUUUGAGGUCAGCAUGUGCUUGGAGCAUCUCCUUAGUGUCACAUCAAAAAUCAUGUUUGUGAGUUCAGGAGCAGAAAUGCGCAGCAAAGGACGUGAUUUGCUUUAUCAUUUUCAGACCCAAGGGACUCCUGUAAUGAUUGGUAGGCUAACUUUCAUGGCUACAGUGGAACCCGGAUGUAAUGGAGGGCCAAGGCACUGGCAAAAUGUGUUCAGUAUAAUGGGGUUUUGUUAUAUCAAGGUUCUUUUCCAUAUGUUUAAUUACUAUUAGUGGGGAAAAGAAAAGCAUUCAUUAUACCGAGGACUUUGUUAUAGAGGCUCGAUCGUUAUAUUCAGGUUCUACUGUAAUAUUAUUGAGUGAUAUUUUAGCCUUAAAUGUGCAGAGUUUCCUUCAUUUAAUACAUGAAUUUUAUACCUCUUUAUUUUGAUGCAACAAACAUCAAAGAAAAAUUAUUAAAUAACUUCAUGCCAUAAAGAAAUGUUAAACAAAUAGCCCAAAGGGAACUGCUGAAGAGGUUUCAAUUGAAUAUCAACACCCCAGGAUUCAAAAGUUAAAACUCAAAUUUUCCCAAUUUCAUUUAUUUAUAAACUGUAGGCUGCAAUGAAAGGUAUAAUGUUGCUGGCACAAAGAAUUAGCCGGCAGCUGGCUAUUUUUGUACGGAACAUGUCUAUAUACUGGUAACAUGUAUAAUAAUAGUUUUUAUAGCCAAAGAAGAAAAGUUUGAAAAUAUGAGCACAUGAAAAUCGUGAUCAGCUGAUAUUACCCUCUAGUUGUUCAAACAUUGGAUGGUGCUAUCCACCAGAUAUAUCACUAUCCAGUGGAUAAGUAUUAGGAAAACUAAUAAUAUUGCCUUAUCAACUUGAUAGUGAUUUAUCUAGUGCAUAGCGCUAUCCACCGUUUGAACUUCUGGGGCCAGAUAUUACUAUCCAGCAAAUAGGUGUUAGGAAAACCAAUAUUGCACUAUCCAGUGGAUAGCAUUAUCUGCCCUUUGAACAACUUCGCAUUUAGGCCUAGCUAAAUCUAUAUGUUAGGGGCCGGAACUGAAAAUACAUUGAAACAUUGGAGGUGUGUGAAAAAUUGGUUGUUUCUGAACUGUAACUUUCCUUAUCUGAUGUCUGGGAAGGAGUAAUUCACUUCCUUUUAACACUGUACUUGAGCUGUUCUAUUAUUAUUAUAAUCAUAACUAUAACAAAUUUUUCAAAUCUGAUUGGCUAUCAACUGUCCUGAUUUCAGCCUUAAUUGGACAGUUUAAUAGGACAGUACACGUCAUGCCUAAGUAAUUGGACAGUACACGCCAUCACGUGCACAGUUAAAUGGCUUUUUUUUUCACUGCUAGCAAAACAAAAUUUCGAAUUUCUUGUGUUUUAAUUUAAAAAAGAGCCCAUUAUAUCACAAAUUUUGUUAAAGUUAUGAUUAGUUGGUAACAGAACUUCGUGUCGUCCAAUUCGGUCUGUAAUCGUACUCGUGAUUAAACAAAUUUUGUUAAUCACUCAUAUGAUUACAGACCAAAUUGGACUCCACUCAGUCUUGUUACCAUUACUUAUUAUUAUUAUUAUUUUAUUAUUAAUACUUUAUCAUCCUCUUCUGUUGCCAGGUGGAGGUGUUCUUGCGCAUACCAUAUUAGGAGUGGAUUUUAAUGAUCAGACAGGUGAUAUAAGGUGAGCUGCCACUUGUCCUGAGUAACCAUCAAAAGGUGCCAAAAAAUUCACCAAAACAAUCAAGUAAAUCCUUAGAAAGCCUGCAAAAACAGCCAUUUCUCCUCACUCCUCGCCACUGGGGAUGUUGCUCCAGGAGGGACAUCUGUGCCUCACCAAUGGAAAUUCCAUGCUGAUGACAUAAAUCAAUGUCAUCGUCGUCCAGUAGUCGUGGGGUUUCAAGCGUAAAUUUGUUCGAUUUUGUUUCUCUUGGUAAAUUAUAGUAAAGUUUUGUGUUCUGUUGCGAAUGAGCUCCAGCAAAACUCAAAUGCUUCCCCUAAAGAUGAAGAAGAAUAUUUUCCUUGAAUGUUGACUGUUUUGUAGUAGAUCGUUGUGUUUACAUUUGACCUUUGUGGCCAUGUCUUCUGUAUGUCAUUCGUAAACAAUAGCUAAAACAAUACAACAGCUCUGUGGACCAAUCAGAGCUGCCUGACCAGAUUUUGGAAAGAUUUUUUCAUCAUCAAUAUGGAAUUCCUGUCGCUGAGGCACCGACGUCCCUCCCAAAGCAAUGGAUCCCUGGCAGCAAGAAGCGAGAAGAGACAGCUUUUUUCACUGGCUAUAGUUAUUAAUACACUGUCAUUUUUAGAUCUAACUAGAAGGGCACAUGCAAAAGCACUAUAUUAUUUAGGUGCUUUAAAGUUUAGUCUUUAUGUUUUGCUUUUAGUUGGUGCAAGUUUUUUUUUUUAUGUCAAUAUUCAAGAAGCCUAAAAGCAGUUCAAACUAAGUUGUCCUUGUUCUAGCAAUAAACAUGUCACCAAGUUCUCACGGUUUCAAUUGGAAGUUUACGAAGUUAAGAAAUAAACGUCAGUAUGUGUACAUGGGUCUUUGAAAUCACAGGAGCAAAAAAAUUGUACCAUGCAAAGGUUAUGCCCAAGAGUUUUUGCCAUUUAAAACUAACACCAUAGGAUUUCUUCCACUGAUUUAAAAGUUAGAGUAAUAAUGUUGAACCAUAAUAAUAAUAAUGAACUAUAAUGUGAUAUAGAAGCAAACAGAUUAAUGGGUAGUGGCAACAGUGAUGUUAUUGGGUGUCAUAGUGAAAUGCCAUGAACUUAAUUAAGUACAAAGUGCUGAAAGUGUUACUUAUUUAAUUUGUUUUACAGAUUUUUAAUCCUUGAUCCACAUUACACUGGUGGGGAGGAUCUCAAAGUCGUAAUUGACAAGGUCAGUUAGUAAUAGAGGAAAUUAAAUAAAAUAAUGACUUUUGUAGGUAAAGAGUUGGGAGUGUUAGGUGAACAACACAAGCUGAAGCAAAGGGGAAGUAUGACACACUUAGUGCUUUCUUUUUAUCCUUGUGUAUUCAUGGUGGAAAUCUUGCUACCAUGACUAAGUUUCUGCCAAAGGGAACUGUUCUUUUAUCGGAGGUUUGACUGUAUAGAUCUCUCCAUUGUGGCGGAAUUAAGGGCUGAAAAUUUGGAGGUGAUUUAAUGUAGAAUCGUUUGUAUUCAGUCCAAGCCUUAGUCACUUGGGGCACUUACCAUAAGUCAGAACUGGCUGGUCAGAAUGAUAAUUUAAAAUGAAAUAUUACUCUAGUAAUUGUUGCUUAAACCCAUCAUUCUCAUGCUUAUUAUUUAGGAGGAGACUGAUCUGGCUAGACAAUCGUGAUAAACAGUGGAAUUCUCUUUAUCACUGGACUUGUCUUGCUGGCUUGUUCUGAUAAUUAGUUAAAACUUUUAUACUAUCACAUAUAAAUGAUUGACUUAUGCUAUGUUGGGAGUGGCGUCAAUUAUCACUCCCUCUCCUAUUGGUCAUUUGUCAUGAUGUCACCUGUGGAAUUUUCCACUGGUGAAUUUUGUGCCAAAUGGCAACCAGGGAAAAAAAUAAAGGACUUUUAGAAAGUCUAUCUCGCACAUAAAAAUCACUCUUACAAUAUUAAAAUAUUUAUUUUAUUUUAAGGGUUGGUGUGGAUGGAAAGGGGCAGACUUUUGGAAUCAGCAAGUUCACUACAACAUGUGUAUGCCACAAAGACCAGACAUGAUAUAA